AUGCCUCAAGAACCCAUUAACCCGCCCUCCCUCCCUCAGGCAAACUUCCAGGGUUUCUUCCAGUGCGAUGAUUCCACCAAGGUGGGACGCCCCGCCGACAUCGACGAGCUCAAGCAGCUGGUCCAGUCCUACGAGCACAUAAAGGCUGUGGGCGUGGGCCAUUCUUGGAACAAGGAACAGUUCUGCGCCAACACAUCGGCCGACUCCUCCCUGAACCUGGUCAUGACCGAGCUACUGACCACCGUCAACUUCAUCGAGAACCCCUCCGACCCCACGGAGUGGGGCGCCAACGGCCCGCCCCCAAACUUCCCCAUCCAGGCAAGCCAAGGGGUGGACGAGGAUGCGGCCCGAGUGACCGUUGCUGCGGGCGUGCCGCAGCGCAUGCUGCUGGACUACCUGUCCAAGUACACGGCGUACAAGCAGCCCGCGGGCUGGACGCUGCCCGCCUUCUCCUGGUUCAUCGACCAGACCAUUGGCGGCGCGGUGGCCACCGGCACCCACGGCUCCUCCAUGACCUGGGGCUCCCUCUCUUCCCAGACUCACGCUCUGAAGCUGGUGGUGGCCAACGGCACAGAGGUGACGCUGACGCGAGAGUCGCACCCCCACCUCUGGCGCGCGGCGGGCGUCUCCGUGGGCCGCCUGGGCGUGAUCACCGAGCUGACGCUGGCCAUCGUGCCGCAGCAGGCGGUGACGCGCAGCCUGGAGACCACCCAGUUUGCCAACUUCACUGCCCAGAUGCUGGAGGUGCAGGAGGACUAUGUCGCGGCGCGGGAGUCGGGCGACGAGGACGCCAUCAAGGCCGCGCUGUUCGCGGUGGACGAGACGCAGCUCUUCUGGUUCCUGCCCAACCGCGUCAUCUGGCGCACCGACUACUCCUACUCAGACAAGGAGCCCAGCGACGUCAUCCCCAACAUCGACCCUGCCGACGCCGCCACGCCCGAGGUGUCCGCACAGUCGGGGCCCUCUGACGACAUCGUCUUUGACCAGGCCUACACGGACCCCGUGAGACCCAACGCCGCCAUCCGCUACGGCACCGACGGCUGGACGCGGUUCUACACCAUCGCCACCCAGAACUACGUGCGGCCGGGGACCUUCGAGCGCCGCAAGGCCUUCCUGAGCCAGACCGAGUUCACCACUGCCAGCGCCAGCUUCGCGCCCUACGACCAGUACGAGGUCAGCAUCCCCCUGGAGCGCGCCGGCACCUGCCUGCAGGAGGUGGGUGCCGAGAUCUACGGCCCCGCCAAGCUGUACGAGGGCUUCCGCACCCCGGGCCUCAUCCGCUUCGUCAACGGCGAGGAGUUCUACCUGAGCCCCACGCAUGGCGGGCCCAGGAUGUACAUCAACAUCGAGGACUACAUCUCCCGCUCCACCGGCAAGCCCAACACCCAGUUCCAGACGGUCAUCCAGCUGUUCCGCGAAAAGUGCGGGGCCCGGCUGCACUGGGGCAAGGCUGGCUGGCCAGAGCACGCGCAGUGCUUCGACGGGUCGGUGGAGUACCCCAACACCUGGUGCGACUAUGGCUGCGCCGUGGCCGAGCUGGACCCGGGGUCAAAGUUCCAACCCCUGUCCAGCCUGUGGCAGUGGCACGCUCAGGUUAACGGCACCGAGGUCCGCUUCGACUCUUGCUGCACGUCCCAGGGCUUCGACGCGCGGUGCACCUGCGCGCCACGCACCUCCUGCGAGGGCGUGGCCUGA